CCAGAUGGAAAUGUCAGAAGAUGGUAUUAAUACGGAAGAAUACCCCACUGAAAUUCAUGAUUAUCUUGCAGCAUUUGAAAAAUCUCUUGGUUCUGUAGAUGAGAUGCUGAAAACAAUGAUGUCAGUUUCCAGGAGUGAGCUUCUCCAAAAGUUAGAGCCUCUUGAGCAAGCAAAGCUGGAUUUGGUUUCAGUGUACACGUUAAAUUCAAUGUUCUGGGUAUACUUGGCUACUCAGGGAAUCAAUCCAAAGGAACAUCCAGUGAAACAAGAACUGGAGAGAAUAAGAACGUACAUGAACAAGGUCAAAGAAAUAGCAGACAAGAAAAAGGCAUCCAAACUUGAUAAAGGAGCUGCUUCUAGAUUUGUAAGAAAUGCACUCUGGGAACCAAAUGCUGAAAAUGAACACACCUCCAAAACUCCUGCUAAAGGAAAAAAGAGAAAGAUGGACUAAAUUUUGUUCUCCCUUAUAUAAAUUAGAGACACCUAGAACUUAUUUUGAAAUGUGUUUUGCAUACUGUGUGCAUCUUGCAGAGGUGCUGUAUAGCAAUGUCUUCAUACUGUUAUAGUUAAGAAUUUUACAGGAUUGUACUUUGUCCAGAACACUUGCCACUGAGGUGAUUGUAUUGUAAAUGUAAAUGAAAGCGCCAUUUGAUGCGAGAGACAUAACAUUUCAUUAUUGAAAUGAUAACGACCUGAUGGAUACGCUUGCUGGUAAUAGAUACUAGUGAUGUUUUUGCUCAUAAUGCCUAAGAAUU